UCCGCUACCAAUUGCUUCAGAGGAGCUACCUAGGUGAGACAACCUUUGACGGCUAUUCACGCUCGUACUUCUCACUACACUGUGCAUUUCCACGUGACAGGGCAUGCCUUGUGACCUGUGGUCGGUGUGGGCGGCGCUGACUGCGGGCGCCCUCCUGCUGGCGGCCGUGCUGUGGCGGCGGUACGCCACGCACUUCUCGCGGCGCGGCGUGCCCUGCGCGCGGCCGCUGCCCCUCGUCGGCAACAUGCUGCAGAUGACGCUCGGCAGGAAGGCCAUCCCCGACGUCGUCGCGGAGCUGUACGACAAACUCGACCCGCACCCGUACGCGGGCGUCUUCAACUUCACGAUGCCCCUCCUCAUGAUCAGGGACCCGGAAAUCAUACGCGCCAUUACCGUCAAAGAUUUCGACCACUUCACUGACCACGUGGGCUUCGAGACGAGCAGCAAGAAGGCCAACCCUCUGCUGAAGAAGAUGCUUUUCUCCUUGAAAGGAAAGGAGUGGCACGACAUGCGAGCCACCCUGAGCCCGGCAUUCACUUCCAUGAAGAUGAAGAACAUGUUCGUUCUGAUGACAGAGAUCGGGCAGCAGCUUGUCGAUUAUCUGCUGAAAGAAACUGGGGAUGGCGAAGGUAAAACCCUGACACUGGAGAUGAAGGACUUCUUCACGCGCGUGACCAACGACAUCAUCGCGACGACGGCCUUCGGCAUCAAGGUGGACUCUCUGUCGGACCCCGACAACCAGUUCUACAGGAUGGGCCGCAGCCUGAUCAGCAUCAAGCCGCUCGUCGGAGUCGGCUACAUGAUGUCCCCGAGGCUCAUGGAGUUACUGGGAAUACCGUUCUUCGAUCCGAAGACUGUGGGAUUCUUCAGGACCAUGGUGUCGGACACCAUAGAGACGAGGGAGAAGCAAGGCUUGACUAUAGACUGUAACAAUACUGUUUCGACUGUUGCUGUGGUGACAGAACUGAGUGAGGACGACAUCGCGGCGCAGGCGAUGCUGUUCUUCUUCGGCGGCUUCGACACGGUGGCCACGCUGCUGAUGUUUCUCAGCUACCUGCUGGCCACCCACCAGGAGGUGCAGCGGCGGCUGCAGGAGGACAUCGACGCCCUCAUGCAGAAGAGCGGGGGCCAGCCCGGCUACGAGCAGGUGGUCGGCUGCCAGUACCUCGACAUGGUGAUCUCGGAGACACUCCGCAUGUACACGCCCGGCGCUGUGCUGGACCGCAAAUGCGUGCGCCCCUACAAGCUGCCGGCCACAGAGAGCUGCCCCGGCCUGGAGAUCCAGCCUGGAGAAGGCAUCUGGGUGCCGGUCCACGGCAUUCACCACGACCCCAGGAACUACGAGGACCCCGAACGUUUCGACCCCGAGCGCUUCAGCCCAGGGAACAAGCACCUCAUCAAACCGUUCACGUACUAUCCAUUCGGGUCCGGACCUCGCGUCUGCAUCGCCCAGAGGUUCGCACUGAUGGAAACCAAGGUUGUGAUGGCGCACCUGCUGUCGCGGUUCAGCUUCUGCGUGGUGGAGAAGACGCCCGUGCCGCUCGUGAUCCAGCCGAACAACCUGUCGCUCGGGAUCAAGGGCGGCGCCUGGGUCGGCAUUCGGCGUAGGUCGUGAACACUUGUCUCACGUGCGACAGAGCGAACUCAAGUAUUGCCGUACUACGACGAACUGCGUCAAGAAAUAAUUUGUAGUUACUACACUUAAGCUCAGAAUAUGUUAUAUGACAAAGGAGAAGUUAAGAGGAUGAAAAUAUCAAAAUAAUCCAGUCUCCACCUGUAAAAGUCUCUUCACAAGACUUUAUGAUGACUCCCGAAAAUUUUCACUGAAUGCAGUACAAUGUAUUCAAACUGAACCAUGACAGAUACUCGGAACGUGUCGAUCACGCAAGGGCAACCGCCAAAUACGACACUGAAAGUCGCUCCCUGUAAUCACUUCUUCUCAAGAACCGCUAAAAUUGUUUUGAAUAUGGAGUAAAAAUUAAUUACGAUGAGAAUACUGUGCCAUUAGUGUUAUCUACCAUUGUAAUGACGUAACGGGGAUUUAAUGGAUUAAUCUUAGCUUUUGACUGUUCGAUUAUUUUCGCAGCAGUGUAGCAUCUGACCAAAGAGAGUUUCGAAAUUCUGGCCUAUGCACUACGUUAAUUAGACUGAAUACUAAAUAUGAUACCAGAUAAGAAUGUAAUUGUAUUAUUCAUAAACUCUAUUUUGAUGUGCUUUCACUGCAUGACAAAUAUCAAAAAGAAAUAUCCAUUGCUGUAUUUUUUAUAUCUAUGAAGACUUAAGGGUUUUUAUUUAUCAAGCAGAUAUAUAUUAUGUAUAUGAUAUUUAUAAUUUACAGUAUUUUUAUAAU